AUGUCAAACACUCCCUUUUUAGGGCAUACCACUAUAUACGCACGACCAAUAUCAAGGAUUGCCUUGAUUUUGACAAAGAAAAAGAUGGAAUCAGAUGGUGUAUCAUUUGGCAGAAAUGGUACACAUCCUGGUUAUCCACGAAUUACUAAUAAAGAAAACAAAUUAGAAAGCACCCUCAAAAAAUUAAUGAUAAAUACAAAUAACCUUGAAAAUUUAUAA